GCGCUUCUAAGUAGCAUGCAGGAUUUUAUUUAUUUACAAUCCGCAAGUAUCUAAUUUAGGUGAAUAUUGCAUGUAGUUCAUUAAAUGGCAAUUUUCGGCCACGAACUGUUUAACUUCAAUCGCUUCUGCCCCUGUAAUUAAUUAUACUUUUCGCAAACAUUCCAAUAUAUGCAGUUUAAACGUCAAGAAUCAAGUGAGUGAAAACCCAGAAAGAAUCAAUGACACCUCUCCAUUCUCCUGCAGUUCUUUCCUUCCCUUUAUCGUUUUGUGUCGAAUUGUGUUUACUGUCAUAGGAUGCAAUUAGUUGAAGAGGUAAUCCAUGUCAUAUUGCAGUUGCUUCCAGGUCGAAAAUUGGGACCGCUAUUGCUAUUACAAUGCCGGAAAGCUAACGGCGGCUGAAGAUGGACAUGAAGGACCAAGGAGCUCAGAUGGAGCCUUUGCUGCCCACGAGACACGAUGAGGAAGCUGUGGUGGAUAGAGGAGGGACACGCACCAUGCUGAAGACCAACUUUGAGAAGGAUGAAUUGGAAGGUCACCGGACGCUCUACAUUGGCGUGCAUGUUCCUCUGGGGAGAAAGACUCAUAGGAGACGGAGACACCACAGUCAUCGUCACCGGAAGAGGGACAGGGAACGGGACUCCGGGGUGGAGGAUGGGCGAGAGUCUCCGCCUUAUAACACUCCCUCGCAGAGGGUCCAGUUCCUGCUGGGCACGGAGGACGACGACGAGGAGCACAUCCCCCACGACCUCUUCACCGAGCUCGAUGAGAUCUGCCUACGCGAGGGGGAGGAUGCUGAGUGGAGGGAGACCGCCAGAUGGCUGAAGUUUGAGGAAGACGUGGAGGAUGGCGGCGAGCGCUGGAGCAAGCCCUACGUGGCCACGCUGUCGCUACAUAGUCUGUUUGAGCUGCGCAGCUGCAUCCUCAACGGCACCGUGCUGCUGGACAUGCGCGCCAACUCCCUGGAGGAGAUCGCAGACAUGGUUCUAGACCAGCAGGAGGCAUCGGGUCCGUUGGGUGAUGAUGUAAGGCGGAAGAUUCGGGACGCACUCCUCAAGCAGCACCACCAUCAGAACCAGAAGAAGUUGGCCAACCGGAUCCCCAUAGUCCGCUCCUUCGCCGACAUCGGCAAGAAGCAGUCCGAGCCACACUCCAUGGACAAGAACGGUCAGAUGGUUUCCCCUCAGUCCCAGCCCUCCAACAUUGACGGGAAGGGCGAUGUGAGCAGGGAGAACAGUGCGGUGGAUUUCAGCAAGAUUGACCUUCACUUUAUGAAGAAGAUCCCCCCGGGUGCCGAGGCCUCCAAUGUCCUGGUGGGGGAGCUGGAGUUCCUGGACCGGCCGCUGGUGGCCUUCGUGCGCCUCUCGCCCGCCGUCCUGCUGUAUGGCCUGACGGAAGUCCCCAUCACCACCCGGUUCUUGUUCAUCUUGCUGGGGCCUUUAGGAAAAGGACCACAGUACCAUGAGAUCGGCAGAUCCAUCGCCACCCUAAUGACGGAUGAGGUGUUCCAUGAUGUCGCCUACAAGGCCAAGGACCGCAACGACCUGGUGGCCGGCAUUGAUGAGUUCCUUGACCAGGUGACGGUUUUGCCGCCAGGCGAGUGGGAUCCAUCAAUAAGGAUAGAGCCCCCCAAGAAUGUUCCCUCUCAAGAGAAGAGGAAGACUCCCAUGGUUCCUAAUGGCACAAUGGACCUCAGUGAAGCGGAAGACCACGGGGGGCAUGGGGGGCCUGAACUACAGCGCACUGGGAGGAUCUUUGGCGGGCUCGUCCUGGAUAUCAAGCGCAAGUUGCCACACUACUUGUCGGAUUACACGGACGCCAUCAGCUUGCAGUGCCUGGCAUCGUUUCUGUUCCUGUACUGCGCCUGCAUGUCACCCGUCAUCACGUUUGGGGGCCUGCUCGGGGAAGCCACAGAAGGCCGAAUAAGUGCAAUUGAAUCUCUUUUUGGAGCCUCGAUGACUGGUAUAGCCUAUUCCCUGUUCGCAGGCCAACCCCUCACAAUAUUAGGAAGUACGGGGCCCGUGUUGGUGUUUGAGAAGAUAUUAUUCAAAUUUUGCAAAGAAUAUGGGCUGUCCUACCUCUCGCUGAGAACUUGCAUAGGGCUGUGGACAGCAUUCCUCUGUCUGGUCCUGGUAGCCACCGACGCCAGCUCGCUGGUAUGCUACAUCACGCGGUUCACCGAGGAGGCGUUUGCCUCCCUGAUCUGCAUCAUCUUCAUCUAUGAGGCCUUGGAGAAGCUGAUCCACCUCGGGGAGACCUACCCGAUCAACACGCACAACAAUCUGGACAAGCUCACCCAGUACUCGUGUAUCUGUGUGGAGCCCCCAGAUCCCAGUAACGCCACCAUGACCUACUGGGAGGAAAACAACAUCACAGCCUCGGAGAUAUACUGGGAGGGUCUGGAAGUCAAGGACUGUGUGGAGAAGCACGGGGAGUUUGUGGGGAGCGCCUGUGGUCCACAUGGACCCUACGUCCCCGAUGUCCUCUUUUGGUCAGUCGUACUCUUUUUCUCCACCGUCGCCAUGUCCUUCUUCCUGAAGGAUUUCAAAACUAGCCGCUACUUCCCUACCAAGGUGAGGUCGAUCAUCAGUGACUUUGCCGUCUUCAUCACUAUCCUCACCAUGGUGCUCGUGGACUAUGCCUUAGGAAUCCCGUCUCCAAAACUGAAGGUCCCCAACGAGUUCAAGCCAACCAGAGAUGACCGCGGCUGGCUGAUCAAUCCCCUGGGCCCCAAUCCGUGGUGGACCACUAUCGUGACAGUCAUUCCUGCUCUGCUUUGCACUAUUCUUAUCUUCAUGGACCAGCAGAUCACUGCUGUCAUCAUUAACAGGAAGGAGCACAAGCUAAAGAAGGGCUGUGGGUACCACCUGGACUUGUUCAUGGUGGGCGUGAUGCUGGGAGUGUGCUCAGUGAUGGGCCUGCCGUGGUUCGUGGCCGCCACCGUGCUCUCCAUCUCGCACGUCAACAGCCUGAAGCUGGAGUCUGAGUGCUCGGCCCCCGGGGAGCAGCCCAAGUUCCUAGGCAUCCGUGAGCAGAGGUUCACGGGCCUCAUGAUCUUCCUGCUGAUGGGCUGCUCCGUCUUCAUGACCUCCGUCCUCAAGUUUAUUCCAAUGCCUGUGUUGUAUGGAGUAUUCCUUUACAUGGGAGCAUCUUCACUUAGGGGGAUACAGUUCUUCGAUCGCCUGAAGCUGUUCGGCAUGCCAGCCAAACACCAACCUGACUUCAUCUACCUGCGACAUGUUCCCCUGAGAAAAGUCCACCUCUUCACCAUCGUCCAGCUCAGCAGCCUGGCGCUCCUCUGGAUUAUCAAGACCUCAAAGGCUGCCAUCGUCUUUCCUAUGAUGGUCUUGGCUCUGGUGUUUGUACGGAAGCUGCUGGAUUUCUUCUUCACGAAAAGAGAGCUGAGCUGGCUCGAUGACCUCAUGCCAGAGAGCAAGAAGAAGAAGCUGGAAGAUGCUGAGCGAGAGGAAGAACAGAGUAUUUUAGCAGAUGAUGAAGGAAUCGUUCAAGUGCCAUUAGAGGGACAUUACAAGGAUGACCCUUCAACAGUGAACAUUUCUGACGAAAUGUCCAAAACCUCUUUUGGAAACGUUUGGAAAUCCCUUAACACAGAAAACUCCAGAAAGGACCCAACCUCGAAAAGCAGCGUGAGGAAACAGGGGAGAGGAAUGGACAUGGGGAAGUGCUUCGACAGGGAGACGAGCCUGUGACGUUCCUUCUGUAACUGUACUACUGUUGAACGGAUAGUGAGUGGUGGAGACCUUUGUGUGUUUUCCUGUGUAUUUUCAAACAUGUAAAACAGUUUUUUUUCUUUUAAGAAACUAAAAACCCCAUCCCUCUAUGGGGCAAAUAAGCAACAAUUAAGAUAAGUUUUACUUACUGUGCAACUCAAAGUAAUACCAGCAAUUUAAGUAAGAGGUGUACAUUUGUUCGCUGAUUCACAGAGAGAGCACUCUAUGGUGAGAUGCUGAAGUUAGCUGUCCAGGAAAAAAAAAAGUUUUUAAAACUCCUUUUGUUUUAAAAAAAAUUAAUAUGAAUUUUGUAUGUUUUGUAUUUUUUUUCCAAGACAAUAACAAGUUGGUAACCUUUGAGAAUACAAAUUAUCUGUAGGAAACUCACUCAGUGUACAUAGGAGCGCAGCCACCGCCAGUGAGCUGUUUAAACAUGUAGUCAGGUAACUUUGGUGCAUAGCAGUAAAGGCAAAGCUGGACCCGUAACUGCAGACUUGCAUUAUUAAGUUCCCACUGAGUUGCUUUGCUGAGAAUAUCUGGCCGUAUUAGUAGGUGACGUUGUGAGACAGUGGGCUGCACUAUCAACCAAAGCUGGUUAUGGUACAACUGAAUGAAGUAAUGAAGUAAUUAUACCAGUAAGUGAUAGUAUAAAUAUUGAAGUAAUUUCAGACAUGGGCUAUUUAAAGUUAAUAUAUACGAACAAUCAAAUAACAAAGACAAGCAUAAAGAGAGUAUGUUUGAUAUCCAGAAAUACCGCCAAUGUCUGUGUGUGAUCACUGUUUCAGUGUGACUGAUUAUUUUUUUCUAAUCUGAAUCGCACUUCACUAGUUACGCUGAAGCUAUACAGUAUGACAUAUUAGUAAAUGUUCACAUAAUUUUUCUUUCAAACUACAAUGCUUCAGAAUGUUACUCGGUGUAUUUCCAUACAACACUGGCAGUCAUUAUAAACUAAAUCAAUGUUUGUUUUAUUUGCGUCUGCUACAUUCAAGGCUUAGCGAAGAACGAACGUACCCAGAAACCAGAGUAGACCUUAAGGCUUAAAAUAAAGUGCAAAAAUGACUACAUUGCAGUCAUGCUACGUAUAAUCUUAAGCAGUCAGAAUGUAACUAGCCUAUUUGAUAUUUUUUAAAUACUGAAAAAUAUAUUCAUAAGACAAUACAAUAAUUUGCUAUGAAAGUGAACACAUGUAUAUAAUUUCAUGAAAAAUUAAGCUUUGUUAUUGAAAUCAUAGAAAUAAUCAAUAAAAUUUCAGGAUUUCCUGUUUCUAACAGGAUACAUUCAAUAACUUUAUAUGAAAAUUUACUGCAGGAUUCAGUGUUAUUAGAAACAGACACAACAGUUAUUUUAUUUGAAAAGAUCUAUAGUAUAAUUAUAGUAAUAAUUUGAAAAUUCUAGAAGUCCUUUAUACAUUAAAUCAAGUUUUGUGUGGGUCUCACUUUACCAGUUGGGUAAAACUAAAGGGAGUGUUUUCUUUUGAUAUAUAGCAAAGAAAAGAAAGACGACUGAUUUCACUUGGUUGUGAACAUCUAUCUUAACUGCAAUUGGGACAAAACACUGAGACCAUUAUAUUUAAAAAGGAAAUGACAUAAAACACUAAAUAUAGCGGAUGGAUCUGAUUCAAGGAUGACUUUCACAUAUAAUUUUAGAUUAUUAAAGUUAUUUGCAUUUCAGAACUUAGUGAAUUCUUAGAAACUAGAACGGAUUUAUUGUUUUCAAAUGUUGUAACUUGUAACAUACCACAAAUGUGUCCGUGUGAAAUCAAAUAAAUAGAUUUAAACACUC